CUUCACAUGUAAUUACAGCGAUGGCUGAGGGAGAUGCGGUCGGUAAUCAAUAGGCGCUUGCAGGUACGCGCUGCUGCCUCUUCACACGCGCGCGCACACGCACACUGUCUCGCUUGUUUUCUUCCCCAGCGCUGGAUGUGAGACGUCAGCGUCACCACCGCAGCCCGUAGACACACACAGCCUGCGGCCACACAGUUUACCACCGCGUCUGGAACAAGCAAAGCCUGGACAGCGCACCGUAUCAGCACGCGGACAUUUUCCCGUCGCGGUAUCACCUUUUCGCGGAGACCAGAUAAGGCCACUCCAUGACAGUCUUGCGUCGCGCACAACGUCUUUGCGCAUCCAACAGCAGCGGCGUCUCAUCUCGGAAUUGCUGAAAAUACUACAAGACAUUACACAACGCCGAACGCACCGCGCUAGACCUGCUAUGACCGCAGGGGUUCGUGGAAUGGCUCGCUGGGGGUUGUGUGGGUUUUUAUUCGGGCUGCUGAGGAUCAGCUCGUCUUGUCCUAUGUCGUGCUUUUGCAAUGCCUCGAGGAUCUCGUGUAUCGACCAAGAACCAGGGAUCGAGGAUUUCCCUGUCUUGAUACCGGAGUCUGACAUGGAGAACAUCACGGAUAUAUAUAUUUCAAAUCAAAAAAGGCUAUUUACAAUCAACGAGGACCACAUGAAGUUCUACUCGAAUCUCAGGAAUUUAACAGUGACCAAUACCCACCUGACAUAUGUAUCUACCAUGGCCUUCUUCAACAAUUCCAAGCUUCAAUAUCUGAAUCUCAGAGACAAUAACUUAUCAACACUCUCUUGGAUGGCAAUGCGGAAUUCAAACUUAUCAACUUUGUUGCUCUCUGGGAACCCUUUGCAAUGUGCAUGUGAGAACAUCUGGAUCAAAGUCUGGUUGGAUGACAGUGAAAGAGACGUUCUGCAGUGUCUACAGGAAGGAGGAAGAGCAAAAGCUCUCUCUAGACUCACUCUGCCUGCAUGUGAGUAUCCACGUGUCGAGGUUUUCCCCACUGACGUCAGUCAAAUGGCAGGAAGUGAUGCUACUGUGAUAUGUAAUGCAUCAGGUUCCCCGACCCCUGAGCUCACCUGGACCUUAAAUUCCAGCGAACACCCUCCUCUCUCAACCAGCCAUGAGAUCAGCAAAAUGGACCUGCAGUCGGUGCUGACUCUAAAUGGACUUUCACCUAAUGACAAUGGCAGAAAGCUCAUUUGUAGUGCUGAAAACAUCGUGGGCCAGACCGAGGCUGCAGUCAUGCUCAAUAUUUCUUUUCCCCCUACUGUCCUGGAGCUGUACCUGCCCGAGAGGAGCCAGGACUGGUGCAUCCCUUUCGUUGUGACGGGCAACCCAAGACCUGACCUGCACUGGUACCAUGAGGGGAAGCCGCUGGAGGAGCAGGAGUACAUCAGGACUGAAAUCCACGAUAUCACCAAUACGGAGUACCAUGGCUGUCUGAAGCUGGACACUCCCACUCACAUCCAUAACGGCAUUUACACGCUGGUGGCCAGCAAUGAGUUUGGAGAGGACAGAGGGAACGUGACGGCACACUUCAUGCACAUACCUGACGUGGAUCACUCUGGGAUAGAGGGAGUGUUCUAUUAUGACACAACUGUUAGUCCAGAUAUCCCACCACUGGAGGACAGAGUCGCGGUUUACAUAGUAGUUGGAAUAGCUGGGGUUGCUUUGACUGGAUGCAUCCUGAUGUUAGUUUUCCUCAAGUAUGGCAGAAGCUCCAAAUUUGGAAUGAAAGGCUCCUCGUCUGUCAUCAGUAAUGAUGAUGACUCUGCCAGUCCGCUUCACCACGUUUCCAAUGGCAACAACACGCCGUCAUCUUCGGAGAUGGGCCCAGAUGCAGUUAUUAUUGGAAUGACAAAGAUUCCAGUCAUCGAGAACCCCCAGUACUUCCGCAACCCUGGCAGCAUGCUAAAAUCGGACACUCUUGUCCAACACAUAAAGCGUCACAACAUUCUACUGAAGAGGGAGCUGGGAGAGGGGGCUUUCGGGAAAGUGUUCUUGGCUGAAUGCUACAACUUGUCUCCUGACCAAGAGAAGAUUUUGGUGGCUGUUAAGACUUUGAAAGAAGCCAGUGAAAGUGGGCGAGCAGAUUUCCACAGAGAGGCAGAACUCCUGACCAACCUGCAACAUGAGCACAUUGUCAAAUUUUAUGGCGUGUGUGUAGAAAGUGACCCCCUCAUCAUGGUGUUUGAGUACAUGAAACAUGGAGAUCUCAACAAGUUUCUCAGGGCUCAUGGUCCAGAUGCGGUGCUGAUGGCAGACGGACAGCAGAGUUUGCUGGUGGAGUUGACUCAGCCUCAGAUGCUACACAUUGCACAGCAGAUAGCAGCAGGAAUGGUGUAUCUGGCUUCACAGCAUUUUGUGCACAGAGACCUGGCCACCCGCAACUGCCUGGUGGGAGAAAACCUGCUUGUAAAGAUAGGAGACUUUGGCAUGUCGAGAGAUGUGUACAGCACUGACUACUAUAGGGUGGGUGGUCACACCAUGCUGCCCAUUCGAUGGAUGCCCCCAGAGAGCAUCAUGUACAGGAGAUUCACCACAGAGAGUGACGUGUGGAGUUUGGGUGUAGUACUCUGGGAAAUUUUCACCUAUGGCAAGCAACCCUGGUAUCAGCUCUCAAACAAUGAGGUGAUCGAGUGUAUCACACAGGGUCGGGUGUUACAGAGACCUCGUACUUGCCCUAAAGAAGUGUAUGACCUGAUGCUGGGCUGCUGGCAGAGGGAGCCCUACAUGAGACUCAACAUCAAAGAAAUCCACAAUCUGCUCCAGACCCUGGCCAAGGCCUCGCCUGUUUACCUGGACAUCCUGGGCUAAUCCGUUUGCCAGUAUGGGUGUGAAAUUAUUAGUAAGAAAGAGUGAGUGAGUGUGUGUGUGUGUGUGUGUGUGUGAGCGUGUUUGGUAUAAAAGAAAAGAUGGUUGUGGCUGAAUUUUGAUGUAUGUAUGUGUGUGUGUUCAUAACAAUGGCUUCUGCUUCAGCCUUCUCAUCACAUAGACUAAAGGCCUUAAAUUUGACUGUGUGCAUUGCUUUGAGUUUUUCCACGUCUGGACAUGUCCAUGUCUGUCAUCCAUCAUUGUGUUUUCUAAAUAUCCCAAAUGGUCUACAAGCGGAAACAUCUGAUUGUUGUAAAUAUGCAUCAGAGACAAUGUAGACCUUUUUGUUUAACAAACUUUUUGAAAAAGGUCAUUUGGUUUGAGGAAGAAUGGUGUUUUUUUCUGCCACCAAUUGUUUAUGGAGAAUUUGGACGUAACGAGGACCCAGUCAUUAGCACAAAGCUGUUGACAGUUUGGAGACAUUCUGGCAGAUUUUACGCAGAAUGCAAUACUAUUCAUACUGCAAACUAUAGAGUAACAAUCAUGGAACUGCCAGAUUCAUCCUUCAUUUUGAACACAUCUGAUAUAAGUUUAGACUUAUUCUGUGCCAAGUUUUGAUGUCUAAUGCUGAGGUCGAUGUUUUUGGACAUCUAAAUGCGCCCCAUCUAACUCAGUGCGAACUUUGUAAUAGAAGCACAGUGACAAAGACACAUCCUAUUUCUUUUUUCUUCAGAAGAGGCUUUAGGUUGGACACAGAGUGUUUGGAGUGAGCACAGAGGCCAAGUCACCAGCAGUGGCAUUGAAGACUUUGUAUGGCUCCCGGACCAUAUGAGUCAAAGGGCACUGGUCUUUCUAAUUGUGAUUGAAAGAGCAAGGGAUAGAUGCUGUUGUUGUGUCAGUCACUGGUAACAGUGUUGUUUUUUUAGGGUGCUUACGCACUAAAAAAUGUUCUAAUGGAGCACUUGACAAAUAGAAGUACAUAUUUGAGGGUGUUGAAAAAGUUGGACUGAUCAUUUGUCUAGAGUAUUUCCCUACCUUCAAACUAAGACACGGGGAGAAGUUCCCCAAACUCUACAACCCAACAUUGGACAUACGAUUUUGGAGAAUGGACAUUUGGAUUUCUGAAAGCACAAAUGGACCCUCCUCCCUUGGAUUAUAUUGCAUCCAAAAUAAUAUCACUGUGUCAGUGGAUCGAGUUGCAGCCAUUUUACAAAUCCUCUCCAUUUCAAUCGCAUAGCGAAGCAUCAAAAUGGAAUAAUUCUCAUUGUUCUUCAGGGCAACAUAAACUAGUGUGUAGGUGCCCUUAAUCAUCAUACUAUUGCAAAUUGGUGGACCCUGACUUUGUGAAGAGUGAAGAUUUCUUUCUCACCUGUUCUUGGGGAGUUUGAAGCGUAGAUGUUGUCCAUAACGCAACAGACAGCUGAACAGCUGGAUUUUAUUUGCUAUCAGAUUAUUCAUUAUCUGUUUAUGUAUCAACUGCGAAAAAACUAAGUAAUAUGUGUAUGUGAUAAUCUAUGAUCGAUUUGUUUUCAGUGUAUUGUGGGCCGUUCCAAAGCGAUGGGCUUGGUGGGCACUGUGGAGUGAAUGUUCAUGUGAGAAUGACUCGAGUUGAGCAGUCCCUGAGGUCAGAGCUGGAAGAGACCCUAUGAAGGGACCUGACUCAACUUGUGUUUUAACCCCACCAAACAAGUUAGAAGAGGAGGACGACUGACAACUGACAGGAUUUAAUAGAUUACAAAUAACCGAACUGCAACUCAAAUUGCCAUCAUCAUGACUUUAUGUAGUGCAUUCAGACAGUAUUCCUUCAUUUUUUCGCAUUAUUUGGAGUCCUAUCACAACAAAUGUUUUAUUAGUCUGCACUACUAACCUGAAAUGUCAAAGAAAAAAAAGGUUUAGGAAGCUGAAAAACUACAUUGACUUUUUGCAUACUCUUAUUUCUGCAACGAUUAAGUUUUUUGGGUUGCACAAGCAUUGCACAUCUGGAUGUGUGGAUUUCAUGCCACUCUUCUCUGUAGAUCCAAUCAAGUUAUGUAAGGUUAAGUGGGGACAUUUAGUAGACAGUUAUUUAGUUCUUUCCAAUUUUGCCUAAUCUAGGGUGCGUUUCCCAAACAACGACAUAACUCGCGGCUGAAUCAUAGUGCAAUGCAUCGUUUGGGAAAAGAACGAUGUAGUGACAAGUGUUUCCCAAAACCCGUAGUUUCUCUGUCGCAGAUCCAUCAUUUGAACCACAUUAGUUAUAAUGUAAAACGCCCAUAAUGACGCUCUAAGCGGGGUGGUAACAACUUCUUUAGAGACCCCAUCAUUUCUUUGUGCAAAUUAUAUUGUUUUACAUGCAUUUUAAAAAAUCCAAUAUUAGUUUUGGUAAAAACAUGCACUCGUUUUCCAUAUUAAUUGAAAUAUAUGUACAGUAAAUGGCACAAAUAGGUCCUAUGUUUCCUUUACAAAUAUUAUUGAGAACAUUACAUAUUCUAUUCUAAAACAUAAAAUCAC